AUAAGGAGCAGCGUGGAGAGCGAGCCCAGCAGCGGCCAACGGCUUUACCUGAAACUGGUGAUUCGUACUGGUUUAUUUCCAGUAUGGACAAUACGACCGACGGCACGUGGAACAGUUUACCUGUUAAACUUAACGAGAACAUUUUACAGACGCUCGAUGACAUGAAAUUCACACACAUGACACCUGUGCAGUCCGCGUGUAUCCCGCUGUUCAUGAGCAACAAAGAUGUGGCUGCAGAGGCGGUGACCGGGAGUGGAAAGACUCUCGCCUUCGUUAUUCCUAUUAUAGAACUGCUCCUGAAGAGGGAGGAGAAGCUGAAGAAGAUGCAGGUUGGGGCCCUGGUGAUCACUCCCACCCGAGAACUGGCUCUGCAGAUCAGUGAAGUGAUGCAGCAGUUUAUCCAGAAGUUUCCACAGUUUACGCAGAUUUUACUGAUCGGCGGCAGUAACCCGGCAGAGGAUGUGGAGAAGUUCAAGGAUCAAGGGGCAAACAUUGUGAUUGCGACUCCCGGGCGUCUGGAGGACAUGUUCAGGAGGAAGUCUGAUGGUCUGGACCUGGCGGGCUCAGUCAAGAGUCUGGACGUGCUGGUCCUCGAUGAGGCCGACAGGCUGCUGGACAUGGGCUUCGAGGCCAGUCUGAACACCAUCUUGAGCUACCUGCCUAAACAGAGGCGCACAGGCUUGUUUUCGGCCACUCAGACUCAGGAGGUGGAGAAGCUGGUGCGAGCCGGCCUCAGGAACCCAGUGCGGAUCACCGUCAAAGAGAAAGGCGUCGCCGCCACCAGUGCCCAGAAAACCCCUUCUAGGCUCUCCAACUACUACACCAUGUGCAGAUCAGAGGACAAGUUCAACAACCUGGUGGCGUUUCUAAGGCAACACAAGCAUGAGAAGCUUCUGGUCUUCUUCAGCACGUGUGCGUGUGUGGAGUACUACGGUCGAGCUCUGGAGACGCUGGUCAAAAAGGUCACCAUCCACUGCAUCCACGGCAAGAUGAAGAAUAAACGCAACAAGAUCUUCGCCGACUUCCGGACUCUGAAAAGUGGGAUCUUGGUGUGUACAGAUGUCAUGGCCAGAGGCAUCGACAUCCCCGAUGUUAACUGGGUGCUGCAGUACGAUCCUCCCAGCAGUGCCAGUGCCUUUGUACACCGAUGUGGGCGCACGGCUCGUAUCGGUAACCAGGGAAACGCCCUCGUCUUUCUGCUGCCGAUGGAGGAAUCGUACGUCAGUUUCUUGUCCAUCAACCAGAAAUGCCCGCUCCAGAGGAUGCCCCCAAUAAGAGACGUCGUGGAUGUGCUGCCCAAGCUGAAGGCCAUGUCUCUGGCAGACCGUGCCAUGUUUGACAGAGGCAUGAGGGCCUUCGUCUCAUACGUCCAGGCCUACGCCAAACACGAAUGUAGUCUCAUCUUCAGAGUCAAAGAUCUGGACUUUGCCUCGGUGGCCCGCGGCUUUGCCCUCCUCCGCCUGCCGAAGAUGCCUGAACUGAGAGGAAAAACAUUCCCUGAUUUCACUGAGACGACAGUGGACACAGACACCAUCCGCUACAAGGACAAGAACAGGGAGAAACAGAGACAGAAGAUGCUGAAGGAGAAAGACGAGACUCCCCUUCCCAAAAAGAAUUUCACGAAGAAUAAGGCCUGGUCCAAACAGAAGACCAAGAAGGAACGCAGGAAAAAGAAGUCGGCUAAGAGGAAGCUCGAUGAGGCCUCUGAUGUGGACGACGAAGACAUGAAAGAGCUUUUAAAUGACACUCGCCUCCUCAAGAAACUGAAGAAAGGGCAGAUCAGCGAGGAGGACUUUGAGAAACAGAUAACAAGUGCACCGAAGACAAAACAGAAAACGGAAGGACCAGCACGCGACAGCUCAGACGAACAGGAUGUCUGAUGCUGUUCAGCAGCAGCUUGGUCCGUGUAAAACGCUGAGUUCACAUACAUCCGAAGCAACACCUCUGACAUCUGUCUGCCUU